AAGCUGAGGUUUCCUACUUCAGACUACCAGAGAGUAGGCACACGGAAGGAUAAAGGCAGUAGUUUUCUGGAGUGUUGCAGUUGCGCUGUUUUAAGAUCUGCGUCCCCUUCUGCCUCUUAGGCUGUUCACUGAUAGCUUUGUUCAUAGUUUUGCUUUUUAAGUUACGUGCUAACUAAAUGUUAUUUUCACGCUUGGAGAAGAGAAAAAUGGUUCAUAAUGUUCCGGUUGGCUUAAGAAAAAGAUACUUUUCUGAAGUUAUGAGUGCCAUAGAAGGAUAAAUUCCUUAGCAAAGCACACCGAGUACAGUAUGUCCUACCUCUCAAGAGGCACCGAAUCUGGAAGAAAUAGAGGCUUGGGACAAAAACCGACAGCCUUGCAAAAGAUACUGUAAAAAUAUCAGUGAUACUGUAACAGAUUAAACAGUUGAGGUGUUAUGAGACAACAGGCUUGUCAGAAGAGUAGAGUAAAGAUCAGGAGGUGGUAAAUUCUGCAGCAGCUGUGGAAAGGCUCAUCAGUGUUCACCCACUAAUUAUAAGCAGGUAUAAGCAAUUGGGGACGACACUUCUUGCUGUCCAGAGAUGGAAAACAACAUAACUACUAUCUCUCGUGAAGAGCUUGAAGAACUAAGAGAAGCAUUCAGUAAAAUAGAUAUUGACAACAGCGGGUAUGUCAGUGAUUAUGAGCUUCAAGACCUGUUUAAAGAAGCAAGCUUGCCCUUGCCUGGUUACAAAGUCCGGGAGAUUGUAGAAAAAAUCAUUGCAGUGACAGAUAGCAACAAGGACGGGAGAAUCAACUUUGAAGAAUUUGUCUCUAUAAUUCAGGAAUUGAAAAGUAAAGAUGUUAGCAAAUCAUUCCGAAAAUCAAUAAACAAAAAGCAAGGUAUUACAGCAAUUGGAGGAACAUCAGCAAUAUCUAGUGAGGGGACACAGCACUCUUAUUCAGAGGAAGAAAAAGUUGCUUUUGUUAAUUGGAUAAAUAAAGCUCUACAAGAUGACCCAGACUGUAAGCACCUCCUACCUAUGAACCCAUCAGAUGCCAGCCUUUUUAAAUCCCUUGCAGAUGGCAUCCUUCUUUGCAAAAUGAUCAACUUUUCACAGCCAGAUACAAUUGAUGAAAGGGCUAUUAAUAAGAAGAAACUCACUCCUUUCACUAUUUCUGAAAACCUAAACCUGGCUCUGAACUCAGCAUCUGCUAUUGGCUGUACGGUUGUCAAUAUUGGAUCACAAGAUUUGCAAGAAGGAAAACCACACUUGGUAUUAGGACUCUUGUGGCAGAUCAUUAAAGUUGGUCUUUUUGCUGAUAUUGAGAUCUCCAGAAACGAAGCUCUUAUCACCUUGCUAAAUGAAGGGGAAGAACUAGAUCAGUUAAUGAAGCUUUCCCCAGAAGAGCUCUUGCUACGCUGGGUGAACUACCAUCUGGCCAAUGCAGGGUGGCAGAAAAUCAGUAAUUUUAGCCAAGACAUUAAGGAUUCAAGAGCAUACUACCAUCUGUUAAAUCAGAUUGCACCCAAAGGAGAUGACCUUGAUGAAUUGCACAUUAAAAUUGACUUUUCAGGAUUUCAUGAUAAAAAUGACUUGAGGAGGGCUGAGUACAUGCUUCAACAGGCAGAUAAAUUGGGCUGCAGACAGUUUGUAACUCCAGCUGAUGUGGUUGCAGGCAACCCUAAACUCAAUUUGGCUUUUGUUGCAAAUCUCUUUAACACAUAUCCAGCCCUACACAAGCCUGACAAUUCAUCUUAUGAUCUCAGUUUAUUAGAAGAUUUGACCCCUCCUAAUGUAGGAGAAAGUAAUGAAGAAAGGACUUUCAGAAACUGGAUGAAUUCACUGGGUGUAAACCCAUAUGUUAAUCACUUAUACAGUGACCUCUCUGAUGCUUUAAUAAUCUUCCAAUUGUAUGAUAUGACUCGUGUGCCAGUUGACUGGAACCACGUCAACAAACCUCCUUAUCCAUUACUCGGUGGUAAUAUGAAAAAGAUUGAGAAUUGCAAUUAUGCAGUAGAACUUGGGAAGACAAAAGCCAAAUUCUCACUGGUUGGUAUUGCUGGACAUGAUCUAAAUGAGGGUAAUCCAACUCUGACUUUGGCUUUGGUAUGGCAGCUGAUGAGAAGGUAUACUUUGAAUGUACUAUCAGACCUUGGAGAGGGGGAAAAAGUAAAUGAUGAAAUUAUUAUUAAGUGGGUGAAUCAGACACUUGCAAAAGCAAAUAAGAAAACUUCAAUUAUAAGUUUCAAGGACAAAUCAAUUAGCACUAGUUUACCUGUCCUAGAUUUAAUAGAUGCCAUUGCACCAAAAGCAGUUCGUCCAGAAAUGGUCAAGAGAGAAGAUCUUUCUUACCAAGACAAACUGAAUAACGCUAAGUAUGCCAUUUCAGUUGCUCGAAAAAUCGGUGCUCGCAUAUACGCUCUCCCAGAUGAUCUGGUUGAAGUGAAGCCAAAAAUGGUGAUGACAGUGUUUGCAUGUUUGAUGGGAAGAGGACUGAACAAAAUAAAAUAAUCAAGACGUAAUAUAACUUUCUGCCAUGUUAAGCACGAUGAAUGCCUCGUGGUUUACAGAGUUCUGAAGCUUAGUAUAAAAUGAGAAAAUUUGUAUGCACAAAUAUACUCAUGUUUUAAUAAUGUGUUUAUAUUAAAGUUUUAUUUAAUUUCAUAACAUAUUGAUUAUUUACGGGUAAUAUUGUUUUCAGAGUAUGUUCAUUACUAAAUUAACAUCACAGAUUUACUGCUUUAAAAAAAACCCCACUAUGCUUAUCAAGCUUCACUUGUAUUAGUUUCCGUAGCAUUGUAAGAAUCUGCAUCAUUUUCCAUAUGUUAUUUCAGGACUUACUGUGAAGCAUUGUUUGAUUUUUGUGGGUGUUACGUACAUGUAGUCAUACAAGUUUCAAGGUGCAUUCCAAUCCUAUUAUAUUACUCUUAACUGCACAGAGGUUAUCAUCCUUGCCUUACUCUUUGAGAGCUUAACUCCUGUUGAAGCCAAUGAGAGUCUUGUCAUUGACUUCAGUGAGAGCAAGUGAAGGCCUAUGACAAUGUCUGGAAACUAAUGAAUAUUGAUAAAGUUGAUGAAACGCUUUUGUGGGAAUAAUCUUUAAAUAUAUGUAGUAGUUUUUUUCUGUUACUGAGCAGGAACUUUUACAGUGUGUGUCUUAAAAAACAGCAAAUAGUAAUCAGAAAUGUAAUCAUGUCAUUAUUAGGUCUUCAUACGCGUUAGCUUUUGCAGUUGGACUAAACAUCUGAUUUUUUUUUUUAAUUUUUCAUAAAAUAUUGUAUAAGAAAACAAUAAAGAGCUGGCUAGUCCAGUUUGGGUUUUCACAUAAUGUAUUGCAUUUCCUUAUAGAUUAUUGCUUUGAUUUUCCUAAAGUAUAUAUCAUGUGUGCAGAGGCUUUGUCUAGAAAGACUGGUAUAUUGUCGGGAUGAGAUGAAGUCCAUAAUUAUUUUCUUACUAAUUUUAAAGUAUUUGUACUCCUUUCUCUGCAGCUGUAACUCUUCACUAAACAUGCUGGAGCUCGACAUUUAAUAAAGUUGUUACCAGAAGCCAAACAGUAAGAAAGAAAGAAAACUAAAUAAAAAUGAAAGAUUUUUUUUUUUUAAAGUAUGAAGCUGCUACUUUCUCUCUGAGCUCCUGAAAACAGUCCUAAGUGUGGCAUGAUGAGUGAGCAGUUGGACUAAGCUUUACAUUUUCAGUAUCUUGCAUAACAUAUUAACAGACAGAAGAUGUAUCCAUUUAGAUUCUAUUAUAUAAGGGGAUACUGGUAGUCGAAAGAAUUCAGUGCUUGGAUUUAGAUCCAUUUGUCUCUGUGUACUGGUUUGUGUUGUCUGGACAAGAAUAAAUUAUUAAUAUUUGA